UCUCAACGAAAGAUAUCUGAUUGUGUUUUAAAGAAAAAUUCUUCAGUAUUAUCGGUUAACAUCUAUACACUAGAAAAAGAAAAUGUCUCUGCACGGUAGACUAGAAGCAGAUGCAGAGAUCAAGUCUCCUGCUACCAAGUUUCAUCAAGUAUUUACUCACAGGCCACAUCACAUCUCCAACAUCAACUUCGACAAGGUUCAAGCUUGUGAUUUACAUGAAGGUGAUUGGGGAAAAGAAGGCACCGUUAUCUGCUGGAGUUAUGUUCAUGAUGGGAAGGCGAAGACUUCGAAGCAGAUACUUGACAGGAUUGAUUAUGAGAAUAAUUUAAUGACGUUCCAUCUUAUUGGAGGAGACCUGAUGGAGGAAUACAAGAGCUUCAGAAUUACUUUCCAAGCUAUUCCAAAGGAAAAUGGUGAAGGCAGCAGAGUGCACUGGAUUUUUGAAUAUGAGAAGCUGCAUGAUGAAAUUGUUCAUCCCGAAACUUUGCUUGAUUUUCUUGUCGCCCUCUCCAAAGACAUUGAUGCUCAUCUCGUCGAGCAACCAUAGAGCGCGCUGCUAUCAUCUCUACUACUCAUAUAUACUUAUAAUUUACAUAUAUAUAUCUUGUAAGGUUUGGGUGCAAUGUUUGUUUUUCAAUUAUCUAUGUUUGUUGGUGUUUGGUUAUGAUUAAUUUAAAGUGUGGCCUUCUUACUAA